UGCACCCUCCCUACCCCUAAAUUUUAUUUCACCUUAAUUGAAAGUCCCUAAAUUAAGUCCCUAAAAUCCAUCCAAUUCUGUUCAGUUUUAGUUGCAAUCUUCACCUACAAAAUGACGAGGAUUUUGACAGCUUGCAAAGUGAUAAAGACACUGAAAACUGGAUUUUGCAAUGGAACUGCUCAACGCCAAUGGAAAGUAUCGAGAACUGGCAUCAGGCUGCUGAGUGUUAAGGCUCAGACAGCACACAUUGUGCUGGAAGAUGGAACCAAGAUGAAAGGUUACUCCUUUGGUCAUCCGUCAUCUGUUGCUGGUGAAGUUGUUUUCAACACUGGCUUGGCGGGGUACCCUGAAGCCAUUACAGAUCCUGCCUACCGAGGACAGAUUCUUACAAUGGCCAAUCCAAUCGUGGGAAAUGGUGGUGCUCCAGACACUGCUGCACUGGAUGAAAUGGGUCUGAGCAAAUAUUUAGAGUCUGAUGGCAUUAAGGUGGCAGGUCUGCUGGUGCUGAACUAUAGUGAGGAAUUCAAUCAUUGGCUGGCUACUAAGAGUCUGGGGAAAUGGCUACAAGAAGAAAAGGUCCCAGCACUUUAUGGAGUGGAUACAAGAAUGCUGACUAAAAUAAUUCGGGACAAGGGCACCAUGCUUGGAAAGAUUGAAUUUGAAGGUCAGCCUGUGGAUUUUGUGGAUCCGAAUAAGCAGAACUUGAUUGCUGAAGUUUCAACCAAGGAUGUCAAGGUGUAUGGCAAAGGAAAUCCUGUUAGAAUAGUUGCUGUAGACUGUGGAAUAAAGCAGAAUGUAAUCCGUUUACUAGUGAAGAGAGGAGCUGAAGUACAUUUGGUUCCUUGGAAUCAUGAUUUCACCAAGAUGGAAUAUGAUGGACUUUUAAUUGCUGGAGGACCCGGGAACCCAGCUCUUGCACAGCCUCUAAUUCAGAAUGUCAAGAAGAUCUUAGAGAGUGAUCGUAAAGAGCCUGUCUUUGGAAUCAGUACAGGAAAUUUAAUAACAGGAUUAGCCGCUGGAGCCAAGACCUACAAAAUGCCCAUGGCCAACAGAGGGCAAAACCAGCCAGUGCUGAAUAUCACAAAUAGGCAGGCCUUCAUUACUGCUCAGAACCAUGGCUAUGCACUGGACAACAACACUCUUCCUGCUGGCUGGAAACCACUGUUUGUGAAUGUUAAUGAUCAAACAAAUGAAGGAAUUAUGCAUGAAAGCAAACCAAUCUUCGGUGUCCAGUUCCACCCUGAAGUUAGUCCAGGGCCAACAGACACAGAGUACCUAUUUGAUUCAUUUUUGUCACUGAUAAAGAAGGGGAAAGGAACCACUGUGACAUCAGUUCUACCCAAGCCUGCACUAAUAGCAUCCAGAAUUGAGGUUUCUAAAGUCCUUAUCCUGGGAUCUGGGGGUCUGUCCAUUGGCCAGGCAGGAGAAUUUGAUUACUCAGGAUCACAAGCUGUAAAAGCCAUGAAGGAGGAAAAUGUGAAAACUGUCUUGAUGAAUCCCAACAUCGCUUCUGUCCAGACCAAUGAAGUAGGCUUAAAGCAAGCUGAUGCUGUCUACUUCCUUCCAAUCACACCUCAAUUUGUUACAGAGGUUAUAAAAGCUGAAAGACCAGAUGGGUUGAUUCUGGGCAUGGGUGGCCAGACAGCUCUCAACUGUGGAGUGGAGCUGUUCAAAAGAGGAGUGCUGAAAGAAUAUGGAGUAAAAGUCCUGGGAACUUCAGUUGAAUCUAUCAUGGCCACCGAGGAUAGGCAACUCUUCUCAGACAAACUGAACGAGAUUAAUGAAAAAAUUGCUCCCAGCUUUGCAGUUGAAACAAUUGAUGAUGCUUUAAAGGCAGCGGACAAGAUUGGCUACCCAGUGAUGAUACGUUCUGCCUAUGCCCUUGGUGGCUUAGGGUCAGGUAUCUGUCCAAACAAGGAAAGCUUGAUGGAUCUUGGUACAAAGGCAUUUGCAAUGACCAACCAAAUUCUGGUGGAGAGAUCAGUCACAGGCUGGAAAGAGAUAGAAUAUGAAGUUGUACGAGAUUCAGCAGACAACUGCGUCACAGUCUGUAACAUGGAAAAUGUUGAUGCCAUGGGAGUCCAUACAGGCGAUUCAGUGGUCGUGGCUCCUGCCCAGACCCUCUCCAACGCAGAGUUUCAGAUGCUCAGACGGACUUCGGUCAAUGUCGUCCGACACUUGGGCAUCGUCGGUGAAUGCAACAUCCAGUUUGCCCUCCAUCCCACCUCCAUGGAGUACUGCAUCAUUGAAGUGAAUGCCAGGCUCUCCCGAAGCUCUGCCUUAGCCUCCAAGGCCACGGGAUACCCAUUGGCCUUCAUUGCUGCAAAAAUUGCCCUAGGAAUUCCUUUGCCAGAAAUCAAGAAUGUUGUAUCUGGGAAAACAUCAGCCUGUUUUGAGCCUAGCCUGGACUAUAUGGUUACCAAAAUUCCUCGUUGGGAUCUUGACCGUUUUCAUGGAACCUCCAGCAGAAUUGGUAGUUCUAUGAAAAGUGUAGGAGAAGUGAUGGCUAUUGGGCGAACCUUUGAAGAGAGUUUCCAGAAGGCUCUGAGAAUGUGUCACCCAUCUGUUGAUGGCUUCACUUCCCGUUUACCAAUGAACAAAGAUUGGCCAUCUAAUCUGGAUCUCAGGACAGAGCUUGCAGAACCAUCCAGCACACGUAUCUAUGCCAUAGCCAAGGCCAUAGAUGACAACAUGCCCCUGGAUGAGAUUGUCAAACUCACAUCCAUUGACAAAUGGUUCUUGUUUAAGAUGCGGGAUAUUGUAAACAUGGAAAAGAAACUAAAAGGACUAAACAGUGACUCCAUUCCAGAGGAAACUCUGAAAAAGGCAAAGGAGAUAGGAUUCUCAGAUAAACAAAUUUCCAAAUGCCUUGGAUUGACCGAAGCCCAGACCCGGGAGCUGAGGGUAAAGAAAAACAUACAUCCUUGGGUUAAACAGAUUGACACACUGGCUGCAGAGUAUCCAUCAGUGACAAACUACCUCUAUGUUACUUACAAUGGUCAGGAACAUGAUGUAAAGUUUGAUGAUCAUGGAAUGAUGGUGCUAGGCUGUGGACCAUAUCACAUAGGGAGCAGUGUGGAAUUUGAUUGGUGUGCUGUCUCAAGUAUCCGUACGUUGCGUCAACUUGGCAAGAAGACAGUGGUGGUGAAUUGCAACCCUGAGACAGUGAGCACAGACUUUGAUGAAUGUGACAAACUCUACUUUGAAGAACUUUCUCUGGAAAGGAUCCUAGACAUCUAUCAACAAGAGGCAUGUAAUGGCUGCAUCAUUUCUGUGGGAGGGCAGAUUCCCAAUAAUCUGGCAGUGCCACUUUACAAGAACGGAGUCAAGAUCAUGGGCACAAGCCCACUACAGAUCGAUAGGGCUGAGGACCGCUCCAUCUUCUCGGCUGUUCUGGAUGAACUGAAGGUGGCUCAGGCACCAUGGAAGGCUGUUAAUACCUUGAAAGAAGCUCUUGAAUUUGCCAAGUCUGUGGGUUACCCCUGUUUGCUGAGACCUUCCUAUGUCUUGAGUGGGUCUGCCAUGAAUGUAGUAUUCUCUGAGGAUGAGAUGAAGAAAUUUCUAGCAGAGGCAACUAGGGUCUCACAGGAACAUCCAGUCGUGUUGACAAAAUUUGUUGAGGGAGCUCGAGAAGUGGAAAUGGAUGCUGUUGGCAAAGAUGGACGAGUUAUUUCCCAUGCCAUCUCUGAACAUGUGGAAGAUGCAGGGGUCCAUUCAGGAGAUGCCACUCUGAUGCUACCAACACAAACCAUCAGUCAAGGAGCCAUUGAAAAGGUAAAGGAUGCCACCAGAAAAAUUGCAAAGGCCUUUGCUAUCUCUGGACCAUUCAAUGUGCAGUUUCUUGUGAGAGGAAACGAUGUCCUGGUGAUAGAAUGUAACUUAAGAGCUUCCCGAUCAUUCCCCUUCGUGUCUAAGACCCUUGGAGUAGACUUCAUUGAUGUGGCCACAAAGGUGAUGAUUGGAGAAAACAUCGAUGAGACCAAUCUUCCUACAUUAAAUCACCCCAUAAUUCCUGCUGACUAUGUUGCUAUUAAGGCUCCAAUGUUUUCUUGGCCCCGGUUGAGAGAUGCAGAUCCAAUUCUACGAUGUGAGAUGGCGUCCACUGGAGAGGUUGCUUGCUUUGGUGAAAGUAUUCAUACUGCCUUCCUGAAGGCCAUGCUCUCCACAGGAUUUAAGAUACCCCAAAAAGGCAUCCUAAUUGGGAUCCAGCAUUCCUUCCGUCCCCGAUUCCUUGGUGUUGCUGAACAACUACAUAAUGAAGGUUUCAAGCUCUUUGCCACAGAAGCAACUUCAGACUGGCUCAAUGCGAACAAUGUGCCUGCAACUCCCGUAGCAUGGCCAUCCCAGGAGGGACAGAAUCCCAGCCUUUCUCCUAUCAGAAAGUUGAUAAAAGAGGGAAGCAUUGACCUGGUCAUUAACCUCCCCAACAACAACACCAAGUUUGUCCAUGAUAAUUAUGUAAUCCGCAGGACAGCUGUUGACAGUGGAAUUGCUCUCCUCACUAAUUUCCAGGUGACCAAGCUCUUUGUUGAAGCCGUGCAGAAAUCUCGCACUGUGGACUCCAAGAGUCUUUUCCACUACAGACAAUACAGUUCUGGCAAAACUGCAUAAAGGAGUAGCCCACCCUCACGAAAUCUUGAAGCCGUGUGUCCAUUCUCUGCUGGAUGCACAGAAUUCCAGACUCUGAUCCCCAGACAGAGAACUCUCUUUAGUCCAAAUUGUAUAAUGUCAGUUUGCUUGGUUGUGUCUGAAAAAGCUUUCUCUCUUUACUUAGAUAGUUGUCAGUCACUCUGUCAAGUCCUUAGACAGUAAGCCCUUCUCAAUUCCUUCUUGCUUUUCAUGAGAGCCUAUCCCAUGAAUAAUGCCUUAUUUGGGGCACACACAUAAUUUAGUCCACAGCCCUCCUUGGCAGCUGAUAUUCAUUAUGUGGCAGACCCAAAUUAUUGGUAGCAUAAUGGCUGAAAAAAGAAUGCUUCUCACUGGUAGCUCCAUCUUCCCAACUCUAUUUUUUUCCUACUUGAAGACUCUUGCAGAGAAUCAUCAUCUUUAAAUAGCCUUGGCUACACUCAAGUGUCUUUUGUCUUUUAAAAAUUGAGUAUGCUACCCAAACCUCAUUUCACUGUCAUAUAGUUUUAUUCUAUGUCCCCUUCCAUCAUUCCAAAAUGUUGUGGUUGGUAUAUUUCUUAUAAUAAUCAUUCUCCACCUACCUAGUGCAUCUAGUGAUAUCACAAUCUCUUUUCAAGGUAUUGAGUUUGAUGAGUGUGACAGGAGGUCUUUAAAGUAUAGAUUUCCUUAAAGGACACAAAUUCACAGCUCCUUUGUGGAAACAUACGGCAGAAAUAAAGCAGCUGGAUUUUUUUGUCCAUUUGUUUUUAACCUUGGCCUAGUGUAUUCUUUUGCAAUCGACAGAUUUAUAGGUUUCCCUUCUACCUUGAACCCCCUUGUCCAUGGCUACUCUUUGGAAUCCCUCUGAAGUUUGGGUUCAGUCCCUAGAGAUUAUGCCUUCCAUUUAUCUAGUGAAUCCCAUGCUGUGUUAUGACUAAGACUCAGUUUCAUCCUAAAGUCUCCAUUCCUUCUACUUUACCUGAAAGAGAGAAAAAGCCUUUUCCACAUAGGCAGUCUUUUGGGGUUUUAAAUGUUUUGUAUUAUUAAAACUGCUUUGAUUGUUAACAUUGAAAUAAAAUGCUACUGAAGAGAA